CUUCUUCUUCAUCUCUCUCUCUCUCUCUGCCAUGUUCAUACCACUUCUGCUUCAGAAACUGACCUUUCUGGGUCUGCUAUAUGCAUCUUUCCUUAUCUCUUCUUCUUCUUCUUCUUUUUCAAUGAAUGAUGAUAAUCUGAUAGAUUCAUCGAAGCUGGAGAUGUUUGUGGAUGAGGUUCCUGAUAUGCCCAGAAUCCAUGGCUACAAGCUUGUUCAUGGAGUCCCCAAACCCAAAUCUUUACAUAUUGGCAUGUUCCGCAAGAACUGGAAAUUUCAUAGGGAUUUGCCUCCAACGCCUGUUUUUGCUUACGGCGUGGACGAGCGUACUGCAACAGUUCCUGGUCCAACAAUCGAGGCCAUACAUGGCGUUGACGCCUUUGUGACGUGGAAAAAUCACCUCCCUUCAAAACACAUACUCCCGUGGGACCCAACUAUUCCUACAGCCAUACCCCACUCAAAGAUGGGCAUUCCUACGGUCGUUCAUCUCCACGGUGGGAUCCACGGGCCCCACAGUGAUGGCAAUGCAAACGCAUGGUUCACCAAUGGAUUCAACGAAACAGGACCCACUUGGACUCGAAAGAGCUACCACUAUCCCAACUACCAACAUCCUGGAAAUUUAUGGUAUCAUGACCAUGCUAUGGGGUUGACUCGAGUCAACCUCCUUGCUGGUUUAUUUGGGGCCUACAUUAUCCGUCACCCUCCGAUUGAGGCCCCACUUAGACUACCUUCUGGUAAUGUCUGUGAUCGACCGUUGGUAAUCUUCGAUCGGAGCUUCCGCACUGAUGGGUCCAUAUACAUGAAUUCUACCGGAAACAACCCCACCAUACACCCUCAGUGGCAGCCUGAGUACUUUGGUGAUGCUAUUAUCGUGAACGGCAAAGCCUGGCCUCGCAUGACAGUACAACGUUGUAAAUACAGAUUCCGAAUAAUCAACGCCAGUAAUGCUAGAUUCUUUAGAUUCUUCUUUACGAACGGCUUGGAAUUCACCCACGUGGCAUCAGAUUCAGCAUACAUUGAAGAGCCAGUAACAACUAAGGAGUUUCUGUUGGGGCCAUCUGAGAUCACAGAUAUAAUUGUUGACUUUUCUCAAUCAAAGAAUGAGACUGUCAUCUUAGCCAACAAUGCAGCCUAUCCCUACCCAUCUGGUGAUCCAGAUGAAUCUAACAGCAAGGUGAUGAAAUUCUUCUUACAGCCCAAUCGAGAUGCUGACACGUCACGAGUUCCCAAAAAGUUGAUAAAAUACCCCCAAGUGGAUUUAUCCAGUGUGUCGCGCACACGGUACAUCGCAAUGUAUGAGUACACUAGUGACGCGGACGAGCCUACUCACUUGUUUCUGAAUGCAAAACCAUAUGAGGCCCCAGCUACAGAAAUUCCCAAGGUGGGGUCAACGGAGGUGUGGUAUGUGAUCAAUCUGACGGAGGAUAAUCAUCCGCUGCACAUUCAUUUGGGACUGUUCAAAGUGCUGGAUCAGACGGAGCUGGUGAAAUCGGAAAAGUUCAAGGCUUGUAUGGAGAAAGAAAAUGACGCCAAGAAGUGCCACGUGGACAUGUAUGCACGUGGCAAGAAAAUAGAGGUUCCGGCACAUGAGAGGGGGUGGAAGAACGUUUACAAGAUGAUGCCCGGGUUUGUGACGAAAAUUGCUGUGAGGUUUGGUUACAUACACACAAAUGCAUCAUAUGUCUUCGAUGCAACCGAUGAACCCGGCUACGUUUAUCAUUGCCACAUAUUGGACCACGAGGACAAUGCGAUGAUGAGGCCCUUGAAAUUGAUAAAGUGAGAUUUAUGACUCUGAACAAAUGCAAGUGGGGAGAAUAAUCUGGAACAUCAAAUGAUUUUCGCUUUUGAUCAGGAAAUUAAAUAAUUAGAAUAUGUAAUACAUGAAGAAGGGAAUAGCUACGUCGUAGGUUUUUGUAGAAGGUGCUUUGAGAGCUUCUGGAGUGUUCACAAAGUAUUUUAUGUAGUUCAUAGUCAACAAGGACGGAAAAAAAAAAAAAAUCGCCUUGUAAGUUUGAAUAAAUUAAUAAAAGUAUGGAUAGUUGGUUAUUAGGGUGCCUUAAUAUUUGUAAUAAUUACAUCGAUUCAGUGUUAAUUUGUCUCUUCAUGAAUGGAUAUAAUGCGAGUGGCUUGGUUCAUUGGAUGUGGCGAUUCGUAAUUAGGUC